CCGGACAGUCUGUCAACCUUCAGAUGCUGCUGCUUGUGGAUCAACGUCGAGAAACAGAGCACUUCCGUGACGUCGCUCAUCAGUUGCACGUGAGGGCGGGAAAUUCCCCCCGGAGUCACCCUGUAAACAAACCAGGAAACAAACUGAAAACACGAGACUUCCAUAAUAAUUGGUUACAGACUGACUGAGAGGAGGUGCUGACAGAGGAGGUGCAGAAUAAUAGAGGAGGUGCAGACUGACAGAAGAGGAAGAGCAGACUGUCAGAGGAGGUGCAUACAGAGGAGGAGCAUGCAUCGGUAACACAGGAGAAAGUUGGAGUGCAAUACGUUUCUGCAAACUGAUCUGACCCCUUUAAGGACUCUGGGAUAGAGGAGAUCUGAGUCUGCAGGUGGUGUUAAUGGACCAAAUCACUGUGAUCGAAUUUUUUGUUGUUUUAAUUACUUUGUGAUUAGUGCUUUUGGAUCCAUGAAACCAUUACAUGUCUGGUUCCAUUUUUUAACUCAACUUCUGUAACUUGGCUGCUUGGAUGGACUGCCCUCCAGCAUGAAGUAGACACAUUACAUUUUAUUUCUCAAUUGAAGCAUCACCACCGGGUUUAGACCAGGCCUGUAACCAUUCUGGAGCUCUUCAGAAUGUUUCCCAUGUCUCUCCUGCUCGCAGCGCUUGGCCUUUUUGUGCAUCUGGAAACUUUUACGCACGGCUGCCAGCUCCCCUCCGAGUGGCGGCCGCUGAGCGAGGGCUGCCGGGCUGAGCUGGCGGAGAUCAUCGUGUACGCCCGGGUCCUGGCGAUCCACCGGGAGCCCCUGGGCGGCGGGGCGGGCAGCCUGUACAACUCGCUGCCCUUCGGCUUUGGGGAUGGGUACGAGAGCGCGGAGGAAGGGCUGCUGUACUCCGCGGAGGUGGAGAUGCUGUGCGAUCAGGCCUGGGGCAGCAUGCUGGAGGUGCCCUCUGGAUCCAGGCUCAACCUUACCGGACUGGGAUAUUUGUCGUGCCAGUCCCACACCGUGAUGGAGAACAACUCCUACUUUUUCUUUCUCAGGAUGGAUGAGAACUACAACAUCCUCCCCCAUGGUGUCAACUUCCAGGACGCCAUCUUCCCAGACACAUCCGACAACAGACGCAUGUUCUCCAGCCUCUUCCAGUUCUCCAACUGCACCCAAGGGAGCCAGCCUUUCCACACCUUCAGCCCUGAGUGGGAAAACCAGGAGGACAGCAGGCUGCUGUGCUCCUCAGUGCAGGCCGCACUCUUCGAGGAGGAGGAGCGAGGCCGCAAGAUGCAGGAGCGCCUGGAAGUGGCGGAGAGGAGGAACCGGCAGCUGAAAGAGCGCGUUCGGAAGGUGAAGCGCUCCCUGAGGAACGCCCGCAAGGCGACACGCAAGGCCGAGCAGGAGGCAAAGGAGCUGAAGGGGAGGAUGAAGGGUGCGGAGUGGAGGGUGGGGCAUCACCUCAACUCCAUCACACCGGAGGAGCCUAGACCUGGGCGAUAUGCAAGCACGACGAUACGUAAGAGAAUGAAACUUUAGUUGUUUUGACCUGACUCUUACUGCCAGCCACCUGGACUGAAAAAUGGCCGUAGAGGACCAGAGACUGCUGGGCGGUCUCUGUGUGAGAGGCAAAGAAAUAGAAACUGUCACAAAGAAAGUAAUAAUGUAGGUAGAAUUUUUGUAAAGAAACGUUUUCUUAUCUCUAUUGGUUCCCUUGUUGCUAUUAUACAAAAGUGAUGUUCAUUCCUGGCUAUCACAUGUUUCCCUGGAAGAGAAUAAUUAUUUUUUUCCGUGAUUACUCUUGCAGGUGGAGCAUUACUGAUGCUCUGCUGGAUUGUACAAUUGGACACACUAGCCGCUCUGUGCUUGCUCAGGCCGUGAUCACAAACACAAAAUAAAGCUGAGCAGCCUGGUCUCCGAAAAGAGACAGUGUUGAGCUUUGAUAGUUACAGCAGGAGAUGUUUCCAUAGCUAAAUAAAAAAUCAUUUCAUCAUUCAUUUUAUGGGGUUUGAUGGAGUCAACCUGUGAAAAUAUGUCUAUACUAUGUGUAACAAGUCUUACAAAUAACCCAAGUGAUAUCUUUGGGGUUAUCUUGGUCUGGAUUUGGAAAUACUUAAUAUAGAUACUUAAUAAUACUUAAUAAAAUGUUACACAUUGAUGCAGCUUUUUGAAACAUAUGUAAGACAAUUUGCAACACCUGGUGAACCAAUGUUAAGCAACAUUACUUUUGAAUGAUUAAUCAACUUUCCCUGACCUACUGUGAUCAGAAAUGUAUGAAACUAGGAACAUUCAUUUAUUAUUAUUCAAGUUUGAAACAUGAGCUUGUAUAUGGAUAUUUUUGUAUGUAUGUUUUUUGGAUAAAUAUUG